CCGCCGUCGUCUUCUUUCUAGGGUUUCAUCGAAAGAGAGAAGCAGAGCAGAGAAAAAAUGGUUGCUCUCAAGCUCCAGAAGAGGCUCGCCUCCAGCGUCCUCAAGUGCGGCAAGGGCAAAGUCUGGCUCGAUCCCAAUGAGGUCAACGAGAUCUCAAUGGCCAACUCUCGUCAGAACAUUAGGAAGCUGGUGAAGGAUGGAUUUAUCAUCAGGAAACCCCAGAAGAUUCACUCACGCUCUCGUGCUAGGCGAGCUAUGGAGGCAAAGAGGAAGGGGCGACACUCAGGCUAUGGUAAGCGCAAGGGUACUAGGGAGGCUAGGCUGCCAACUAAGAUCCUUUGGAUGAGGAGAAUGCGAGUUCUUAGGCGUUUGUUGAGGAAGUACAGGGAAGCAAAAAAAAUUGACAAACACAUGUAUCAUGAUAUGUACAUGAAAGUCAAGGGUAAUGUGUUCAAGAAUAAGAGGGUGCUGAUGGAGAGCAUUCACAAAUCUAAAGCUGAGAAGGCAAGAGAAAAGACGUUGUCUGAUCAGUUUGAAGCCAAGCGUGCUAAGAGCAAGGCAAGCAGAGAGAGGAAGAUUGCUAGGAGAGAAGAGCGAUUGGCACAAGGUCCUGUUGAAAAAACACCACCAUCAGCUCCUGCUGCCCAACCCACCGAUGCACCCACCAAAAAGUCGAAGAAGUGAGGAGUUGAUCUACUACCACUUGCAGACUAGUUUUAUGAACUUAAUUAGUUCCUUUAUUUUCUGCGGAACUUUGUCAGUUAUUUCGGAUACUGUUAGAUCCAAGAAACUUAUUUCUAGUCCUUUCUGUCUGUUUGAAUUUAUCUUGUUUGCUACAUAUCAAGCAUAUGAUAGAUUUUAUUAUUACAUAUGAGCUGAAAUUUUGUUGCGUUA